AUGUCUUCCUCUUCCCCUCGGAAUCGCCUCAAUCAGUUUUAUGCUACGAAGAAGAGGAAAGUGAUUUCACCUAUUUCUAAGGCUGGGAGAAUUGAGAAAGGUGCAAGGCUUGUGGCUGAUGGGUCUCCAAGUGCUAAAGGAUCAUUGGAAAGUUACUUGAUUCCGUCUCAGGGGGACCCGAUCGACGAGCCUGUGAGGCCGGAUUUGGUUAGGAGAAAAUUGGCGACGGAUAUGGGUAGUUAUUCUCUUGAUAAUCAGCCUGUUUCAUUAGCUCAAGGGGUUCAACGCCCCAAUGCUACUCGUACCGGGUUUGAAAAGGAAGUGAUUGUGGUUGAUGAUCCUGUCCAGGAAAACAAGUUAAGUGAUUUUAGGCAUGUUGGUGAAAAGUCAGAGCUCAGACAGUUUAAAGCAGAACUUUUUUCUCUCUAUUGCGGUGAACUGCACCCGAGCAUUAGUUCACCAUUGGAGGUUAGAGUGAAAGAGAACAAGAGACAUGAUUCUCUGACAUUAGUAGAAGAGAAUGGUACUAUACCCCUGAAGUGUGAUGGCACCAGUGAGCCACAUUUUGGCCGUGAAAACAUUUUGAGCAACAAAGUCUAUAAUACCAUGAAAAGUGUUCCAGGCUGCUCUGCAAAGGCUUCUGAUGGUGGUGAUACUAAUGCCUUUGACACAGGUUUUAGAAAAUGUAGUAAUACUCCUACGUCUAUGAAAAUUGCUGAAUGCCAAACACCCGGAUCUUUGAUUGUUAAAGCAUGCAUUAAGGGGACUCCAAAGUCAACACGUGGAAGCUCAAUGUUUUCGCCUGGAGAGGCUUUUUGGGACGAAGCAAUUCAACUUGCGGAUGGUUUGGCUGUUCCCACGGGUAAUGAUUCUUCUAAGGUUAUAGAAGAAAGUAAUGUGAUGGGGGAUCAAGUUGAGAUGAACUCAUGUAAUUUACAAAAUUAUGAUGGUAAAGCAAGGAAGAUAUUGGAUCAAAGUAAAAACAAAGGGUUAGCGGAGAUGCACACAAAAGAUUCUAUUAAAGAAGCAUCCAGCCUUCCUGUAAGGCAUUUUGAUUUCACGCAUGAGGACAAUAAUAUGGAUGAGAAUACCCUUCAAAGUUGUCAUGUCAAUAAUCUGGUCAAUGUCACUUGCUGGUCUGGAAAGCAGUAUGAAUCUAUUUCUGUAGCAAGUCAUGCAUACGAACAGACGUAUAAAGUGCAGGAGAAGAUAUUAGUAGAUGCGUUAGGCAAAAGAGUGGGAAAGGAUAAUAUCAAUAUGACAUCUAAUAGUUUCAAUUCACCCAACAACGAGGCCAGAACAACAAUCAAUAUACAUGCAUCCGUUGAAGCCAAAACUCCUUCAAGUCAUGUGUCACUUGAUGAUCAUUUAGACCUACAUAGCUGGCUUCCACCUGAAAUAUGCAACAUAUAUCGAAAGAAAGGCAUUUCAAAGCUUUACAAUUGGCAGGUUGACUGCCUUCGGGUGAAUGGUGUCCUACAAAAAAGAAAUCUUGUGUAUUGUGCUUCUACCAGUGCUGGAAAGAGUUUUGUUGCUGAGAUUUUAAUGCUGCGGAGGGUGAUAACAACUGAAAAAAUGGCAAUACUUGUUCUUCCAUAUGUAUCAAUUUGUGCAGAAAAGGCAGAACAUCUUGAAAAGCUUCUCGAGCCACUUGGUAAGCAUGUUCGUAGUUAUUAUGGGAACCAAGGUGGCGGAACACUUCCUAAAGAUACUUCUGUAGCCGUAUGCACAAUAGAGAAGGCAAACUCACUAGUCAAUAGAUUAUUGGAAGAGGGCCGUCUAUCAGAAAUGGGAAUCAUUGUGAUAGAUGAACUGCAUAUGGUUGGUGAUCCACGCAGAGGUUAUCUUCUAGAACUUAUGUUGACAAAGCUUCGCUAUGCAGCAGGGGAGGGCAUUUCAAAAUCAAGUGAUGGAGAUAGUUCAGGUGGAAGCAGUGACAAGAAUGAUCCUGCUCAAGGUCUGCAGAUUGUUGGAAUGAGUGCGACAAUGCCAAACGUUGCAGCAGUUGCUGACUGGCUUCAAGCAGCACUAUACCAGACAGAGUUCCGGCCAGUUCCUUUAGAAGAAUAUAUUAAAGUUGGUAAUUCCAUUUAUAACAAGAAUAUGGAACUUUCUAGAACAAUUCCAAAAGGAGCUGACCUUGGUGGCAAGGAUCCAGAUCAUGUUGUUGAACUAUGUAACGAGAUUGUUCAAGAGGGACAGUCGGUGUUAAUAUUUUGCUCUAGCCGCAAGGGUUGUGAAUCAACUGCAAGACAUGUUGCAAAGUUCCUUAAAAGCUUCACUGUUGAUAUUAAUGAUAAUAAUUGCGAGUUUGCUGAUAUUACUUCUGCUGUUAACUCCUUGAGAAAGUGCCCUGCUGGGUUGGACCCUGUAUUGGAAGAAACUUUUCCAGCUGGUGUUGCAUUUCACCAUGCUGGCCUUACGGUUGAGGAACGAGAGAUUGUUGAAACUUGUUACCGGAAAGGUCUUUUACGCGUCUUAACUGCCACAUCAACCUUGGCAGCCGGAGUUAAUCUACCAGCUAGGAGAGUAAUUUUCCGGCAACCUAGAAUUGGUUGUGAUUUUAUUGAUGGGACGAGGUACAUGCAGAUGGCUGGUCGUGCUGGUCGAACUGGAAUUGAUACAAAAGGAGAAAGUGUACUCAUCUGCAAACCUGAUGAGUUAAAGAGAAUUAUGGGACUUCUGAAUGAAAGCUGUCCACCGUUACAUUCUUGUUUAUCUGAAGAUUUAAAUGGAAUGACUCAUGCAAUUUUAGAAGUGGUUGCUGGAGGAAUAGUUCAAACCGCUAAUGACAUUCACCGGUAUGUUAGAUGUACUCUUUUGAACUCCACGAAACCAUUUCUGGAGGUGGUAAAAUCAGCUCAAGAAUCCCUAAAAUGGUUGUGUCAAAGAAAAUUUCUCGAAUGGAAUGAAGACACUAAACUCUACAGUACCACACCUCUUGGACGUGCAUCUUUUGGCAGUUCUCUCUGUCCGGAAGAAUCACUUAUUGUGUUGGCUGAUCUUUCAAGGGCAAGGGAAGGAUUUGUCCUUGCAUCUGACUUGCAUUUGGUUUACUUGGUGACGCCAAUCAAUGUUGAUGUUGAGCCAGAUUGGGAAUGGUACUAUGAGCGUUUUAUGAAAUUGUCUCCUCUUGAUCAGUCAGUUGGCAAUCGAAUAGGCGUGACAGAACCAUUCUUGAUGCGUAUGGCACAUGGUGCACCGAUGGGUUCAAACAAGUCAAGAUGGUCGAACAAUAAACGGAAAGGUCAACCUGGGAUCUCAAGUGGAACUGUCAACUCGGAAGACCAAACACUUCGUGUCUGUAGAAGAUUCUAUGUUGCUCUCAUUUUAUCUCUUUUAGUACAGGAAACUCCUGUGGGUGAGGUUUGUGAGUCAUUUAAAGUUGCCAGAGGAAUGGUUCAAGGUUUGCAAGAAAAUGCUGGUCGGUUUGCAUCUAUGGUUGCUGUGUUCUGUGAGAGGUUGGGCUGGCAUGAUCUUGAAGGCUUAGUUGCCAAGUUUCAAAAUCGUGUAUCAUUUGGAGUUAGAGCAGAAGUUGUUGAGCUUACCACCAUUCCCUAUGUUAAAGGCUCUCGAGCAAGAGCACUCUAUAAAGCAGGUUUACGCACGCCUCUUGCAAUUGCCGAAGCAUCCAUUCCUGAAAUAGUAAAAGCACUUUUUGAAUCUUCAUCAUGGGCCACAGAAGGUUCUGCACAAAGGAGCUUACAACUUGGUGUAGCUAAGAAGAUAAAGAAUGGUGCUCGCAAGAUUGUUCUGGAUAAAGCUGAAGAAGCAAGGAUUGCUGCUUUCUCAGCCUUUAAGUCACUCGGAUACGAUGUCCCGCAGUUAGCUCCACCCAUGCCCACCCCUGCACGCAAUUCUAUCAGAAAAGAAGUUGGAAGUUCCUCUGGAAGUGACACAGCUGACACUAGUCAUAGCUUUGUUGAUGCAAAUCAUAUGGAUAAUUCUAAGAUAGUUGCUUUAGAAAAAGAAAAGGACUUGAAUAAAUCAUCUGACAAUGAUGCCCGGGCUUCUGUAGAAGAAAAAUCAGACAGAGUGAUGCCAUGUAGUUUGUCUACUGUUCCAGUUGUAGUACCUACAACAAAUGAGCUCAGUAUGACUCUUGGUGCUGCCAAAAUUCCUGAUGUUACCACCCUCUCUGGCCCGUUACAGAAACAAAAUGAUAAGUCCAGUAUACAUGAUGGAUGCCAUGCUCAUGGUACAGGGGAGCAAGAUCAUAAGGAGAAUUUGGCUAGUGGUAACAUGACUAAUUCCAGCCGAAAAGGGCCCAUCAAUGCAGUUAGUAGUCCUGGUGGACUUGAUUCAUUCUUGGAUCUAUGGGAUACAGUACCAGCGUUUUACUUUGAUAUCCAUUACAUCAAACGGUUGGAAUUGCACUCUGCUGCCCCUUUUGAAGUACAUGGGAUUGCCAUCUGCUGGGAAAACUCUCCCAUGUACUAUAUUAAUCUUCCUAGGGAUAUUCUGUUGUCUGGCAAUAGAAAAGAGGAUGGUUUUUCCUUGAGCGCAUGCAGUUAUAAGCAGAAAGGUUCAUCAUCUAAUUCUAAGCAAGAUUUGAUGAAUGCCAUGAUUAGAUGGAGCAGGAUUAGCAGAAUAAUAGGGAAAAAAAAUGUGAAAAAGUUCACCUGGAAUUUGAAAGUUCAGAUUCAGGUGCUAAAAAAGCCAUCAAUUUCAGUUCAGAGGUUUGGUUCUGUUGACUUACUUGAUAAAAAUAUGGACCUUGAAGUUGUAGACAAUUCUUACAUAUUGUUGCCCCCAAUCCAUGUUAAAGAGGCAAUUGACGUAUGCAUUGUUGCUUGGAUUCUUUGGCCUGAUGAAGCGAGUAGCUCUAGUCCAAACCUGGAUAAGGAGGUAAAGAAAAGGUUAUCCCCUGAGGAUGCAGGAGCAGCUAAUCAGUGUGGCAGGUGGAGGAAUCAGAUGCGAAAAGCUGCUCAUAAUGGUUGCUGCCGUCGGGUUGCUCAAACACGAGCAUUAUGUUCUGUUCUUUGGAAAUUGCUUGUUUCUGAGAAACUUGUAGAAGUGCUUAUGGAAAUAGAAGUCCCACUGGUGAAUGUUCUUGCUGACAUGGAGCUUUGGGGAAUUGGUGUUGAUUUGGAGAGAUGCAUCCAGGCUCGGAAAUUGUUGGUGAAAAGGCUGAAGCAACUUGAAAAGGAAGCUUACAAACUGGCUGGAAUGACGUUUUCAUUGAAUAUGCCAGCAGAUAUUGCAAAGGUGCUGUAUGAACACCUGAAACUGCCGAUUCCUGAUGGAAAAAUUAAGGGGAAAAACCAUCCAAGUACUGACAAACACUGUUUGGAUGCACUACGGCAUGAACAUCCCAUUGUUCCAAUCAUCAAAGAGCACCGUACAUUGGCAAAGCUCCUGAACUCUACACUAGGAUCAAUUUGUUCUCUGGCUAGGCUAUCUUCAAGCACACAGAAGUACACAUUACACGGUCAUUGGCUCCAAACAUCCACAGCAACUGGACGGCUUUCAAUGGAGGAACCUAAUCUUCAGUGUGUUGAGCAUCCGGUUGAUUUUAAGAUGAUAGGAGACAAAAAUGGAGGUGAUGUUGAUGAGAGUUGUAGAAUCAAUGCCCGUGACUUCUUUGUUCCUACCCAGGAUAAUUGGUUACUGUUAACAGCAGAUUAUUCUCAGAUAGAAUUGAGGUUGAUGGCCCAUUUCUCUAAGGACUCUUCACUUAUAGAGCUUCUGAGUAAGCCUGAUGGAGACGUCUUCACAUUGAUAGCAGCAAGAUGGAUUAGGUGUCCUGAGGUUUCCGUGGGUUCUCAGCAGAGAGAGCAGACCAAAAAGAUGGUAUAUGGAAUUCUUUAUGGUAUGGGUCCAAAUAGCCUUGCAGAACAAAUGGAUUGCACUUCGGAUGAAGCUGCUGAAAGGAUUAGUAACUUCAAAAGCACUUUUCCUGGUGUUGCUUCUUGGCUUCACGAAGCUGUUGCAUUUUGUCGUAGUAAAGGAUAUGUGGAGACUCUCAAGGGAAGGAAACGAUUUUUGUCAAAAAUAAAAUUUGGCAGCAGUACAGAAAAAUCAAGAGCCCAGAGGCAAGCUGUCAAUUCCAUUUGUCAGGGAUCUGCUGCCGACAUAAUUAAAAUUGCAAUGAUUAAAAUUUACUCUGAAAUUGUUUCUGGCAUUGAUAGUCCGGAGUCAAGUUCUUCAGGCGCUAGCAAGUUCCACAUGCUUAGAGAUCGUUGCCGGAUUCUGUUACAGGUACACGAUGAAUUAGUGCUGGAAGUUGAUCCCUCUGUGGUGAAAGAAGCUGCAAUAUUGUUGCAGACCAGCAUGGAGAAUGCAGUAUCACUUCUUGUUCCUCUGAAUGUCAAAUUAAAGGUUGGAAGAACAUGGGGAUCUUUGGAGCCAUUUGCACCUGAUAAAUUCAAGGCUGACACUCCCAUGGCUGAAUCCUGA